AAGUUUUGUGGCGAGGAGGAGGAGGAGGGGGUGUACUGGGGAGAAUCCGUUUUACUCGGACUUACCGAAAGGCAGAGCUCCUCUUCCCCCACCUAGAUGUACUGCGACGACACACGGACGAUAAAUGGGGCUCUUUCGAAGUAGCCAGUGCACUUUUUCCUCAGGACCGACAAAUAAAACAAUCUCCGAGGCGAGAGGAGGAGGUGUGGCCAUGUCUGACGAGGCGGUGCGUCAGACGCGGAGUCAGAAGCGGGCGCUGGAGCGGGACUCACUGCCCGUGGACCUGGACGUGAAGAAGGUGAAACUGGAAGCUGGCGGAGAGAGCCGUGACCGUCCGGUUCUGCGGCCUAGGCCUGAGGCCUCCGCCCGGGGCUCCAAUAUUCUGAAUGCCGGUGAGGUGAAGGCCACCAUUAAAGUGGAGGUGCAGGCCAAAGAGGAGCCUGUGGACAUGAGCACCACCAAAAGUGACAUUAAGAAAGAGAAGCGGCCUCCGUCACCAGAUGAUGUCAUCGUUCUGUCCGAUAAUGAGCCGUCCAGUCCCCAGAUGAACGGCCACUUCAAAGAACUGGACACUGAUCUGCUCAUGAAGAGCAGUCCUGAAGAGAGGGAGCGUAUCAUUAAACAGCUGAAGGAGGAGCUGAGGCUGGAGGAGGCUAAACUGGUACUGCUGAAGAAACUUCGACAGAGUCAGAUACACAAAGAGACCAGCGUUCAGAAGCCACUGGGUUCAGGAUCGGUGGCCACGCCUCCCCCGCUAGUCAGAGGCUCAGUGUCCGGUAAAGGAGCUCAGCCUGUUGUGUCCGGUCGGAGCUCAGGUACGGUCAUACCUCCUCCUCUGGUGCGUGGAGGCCAGGUGUCCAAACACGGCUCUCAGAACUCUCAGAUCAUCAUGCCUCCACUGGUCAGAGGAGGUCAGACGAUCUCAGUGACGCCGCAGCAGAUAGCGAGUUUGCGGCAGCAGCAGCAGCAGUACUCUGGGUCAGGACCGCCACCUCUCCUGCUGGCUCCUAGGGCCUCCGUGCCCACCGUACAGGGCCAGAAACUCAUCCAGCCAGGCCUCAUCCGUGUGGCUAACGUGGCCAAUACUAACCUGCUCGUCAACGUCAGUCAGUCCACAGCCGCCAACCUCAGUACCACCUCGGGGACCUCUCAGAGCGCAGUGGCUAGUGCCAAUGAGUCUCCGGCCAGCCGGCAGGCCGCAGCCAAGCUGGCCCUGCGAAAGCAGCUGGAGAAAACCCUACUGGAGAUCCCACCCCCCAAACCCCCUGCUCCAGAGCUCAACUUCCUGCCCUCAGCUGCCAACAACGAGUUCAUCUACCUGGUGGGCCUGGAGGAGGUGGUGCAGUGUCUGUUGGACACUCUGGGGAGAGGUAAAAUGGGUGGUGCUCUGCCUACAGCGUUAGCUUCUACAGAGCCCUUCACCUGCACCCAGUGCAAGACGGACUUCACCUGCCGCUGGCGUAAGGAUAAGGGCGGGGCCAUAAUGUGCGAGCAGUGCAUGUCCACCAAUCAGAAGAAGGCGCUGAAGGCGGAGCACACCAACCGGCUGAAGGCAGCCUUCGUGAAAGCUUUGCAGCAGGAGCAGGAGAUCGAGCAGCGGAUCCUGCAGCAGGCCGCCUCGCCCGUCUCCCACUCACCAUCCUCUUCUUCAUCCUCAUCCCACGGAGUGAAGGCCGAGCAGCAGGUGAUCGUGUCCCAGAUGAAGCAGCGCUCCUCUUCCUCGCUUCAGCCUCAUCAGCACAGCAGAUCCACCCAGCCAAUCAGCCGCCACCAUUCCAGUAUCACACAGAGUCCUGCUCAGCUGUCCCGCAGCGUUCAGCAGUCUGUGGGGGCCCUGCGCGGGGUCCCACACUCCUUCUCACCGUCCUCUCAGCUCCAGAAUGCCGUGGCCGCCGCCGCGCUGGUCAGCAGGCCAGGUAAGCAUGCUGUGCGUCAGGGGUCAAAGAUCAACAGCAGCAGCAGCAGCAGCAGUGGCGGCAGCAGGAACCAAAACCCAGCCACCUCCUCCAACUGGAGGAAGCAGAACAGCGUGACACCAGGCGUGACUAUGGCCUAUGUGAACCCCAGCCUGUCUGUGCACAAGACUUCAGCCUCGGCUGUGGAGCGUCAGAGGGAGUACCUCUUAGACAUGAUCCCCUCUAGAUCCAUCUCCCAGACUGCAAACACAUGGAAAUAAAGCCUGCCACAUAUAACCUUCAGCUGACCUUUCAUCAUGGCCACAAUCACAAUCAGCCCCUGUCCACUUCUACAAACUCAAGAACCUCACCUGAGAGUCUGGAACAGUUCCAAAACCUCACGGAUUCUAGAACCUUUGGUUCCGGAACAGCUCUGGAAACAUAGCGUUCAGUUGAGGAGCUCUUUCUAAAGAAAUCGACCAAGAUGAGAAUGUGCCCUCAUCUUCAUCUUUAUCUUCUACUACAGUUCUUUCUCUCAACGAUCUAGAUUUUUGAUUGCUUUUUCCCAGUACUGUGUGUUUUUUUUUUUUUUUCUUUUGUCUUGAAAAACUCAGCUGAUCAUUGAUCAUUCGGGAACAGUGUGAUUUUUGUUGAAGCGAAUUGAAAAUAAAAAGAAACCAACAGGAAAAACAGGUUAAAGGGCUUCCACUCUUGCUGUCGCUGCAAGGCUGUAAAUGACAACAGAAUCAUACUUCGUAACCCCAGACCGGACCAGACCCUAGAACGGCUCUGACGCUGGGUAGCUGUUACUCAUGCGAAUGAAGCGCUAGGAAGUCCACAUUGGGUUCUUCUGCUUGAUGGACUUUGAGCGCCGACACAAAGAGACUGGGUGUCUGUGCUCGAUGUGAAAUGAAUCAUGGGUCUAUUUGAGACUGUAUAGCUUCAGUUCUUGGAAAAAAAAUAAAUAAUAAAUAAAACUUUUGCUAAAAAACAACAAAAAGACAGACUGACAAAAAAAUUCCAGAAAAAAAAAAUUAACAUUAUGAAUAAAUCUUCAAGCGCAAAAUGAAAGCUAGCGAUGAUAAAUGAAGAGCCAUUUGAGGCUAACUUUAGGAUUUUUUCUUGUUUGUUUUUUGUUUUUCUUUUGAGUAUAAGUUAAGUUAUAUUGCUACGUCGACUUGAGGCUCGACUGGACUUGCGUUUAAGUGUCUCUUUCAAGAUUUUGUGCUUCAGAAAUUGUUGGGUCCUCUUUAACAACACAGUACUUUAUUUUUCUUUGCUUUUAGUUUGAAGUUAGUCACAGGUAGUUCAUGCCACAGCUUAUUUUAGCCCUGUGAGUUGUAUAGGUAACAUAUAGAUCAUAAACGACCCUAAUGGAAUACCUAUAAUGAAGGUUUUCACUGACAGAAUCUCCAGCCCCCUUCUUGAGAGGUGCGUGAGGGUGUUUUUAUAUUUAUUUUGUUACUCCUGAAACAUUUUUAUUCACAUAUUACGGUUCACAAAAUCAAAAGACAAAGAAAACACAGUUGUAACACUGAAGAAUCCAUUACAGAGUAUUUGUAUAAUUGGCUUAUAUGUGUUUGUGCAUUGACAGUCCAUUUGAUUUGACUCCUCACGCAGUUAUAAUUUUAGAUGCCACUUAGCUGUAAACAUAAUGGCUUUGCCUAGCAAGCAGCUUCAGAAAUUGCACCUCAUGAACAGAGUUUUACUGCCUGGAGUUAGAGGCUUUUAGCGAUAUUUCAGUUUAGGAUUUGGUAAGACUGAUUUUUUCCCAAGGACUGUGCAGAACACAGCCAAGCCUUCAAACAUUCAGAUGUCAUUUGUAAGAUCUCAAAAGCACUGCAACGCUUAGAUCAUGUAAUGUGUUUGGAGAAAGUAAUGCUCCCUCUACCAUUUUACAGUCAGAGUCUGUGCCCUUAAUCUUUCCUUUCACAAGCAUUUCUGAUUUGGACCUUUCAGUUAUUUGGGCAGAAAUGUCUUUUUAUGCGAUUGUGCUGUAGCGCAAAACAAAAAUACAGCUUAUCCUGUUUCAUAUUUUAAACUCUGUGCUCUAUUACACUUUACCUAAACUUUUUUUUUUUGGUAUGUAAUUUUUGCCUGUUCUACCAUCCCUGGGCAUUGAGAUUUGGUUUAUUUCCCAGCACCCUCAGUAUUGAUGCUGUACUACUCAGCCAAUAGGAGACGGAGGCCGCCACGCUUUCCUGACCAAUGCUGUUUGAUGAUGUCGCAUCGUUCUGUUUGCAGGGGAACGGGCAGUGCUUGCUGUGUGCGGCGCCAGCUCGUUGCUGCCUCCGGCCCCGUCGCACUGUACAAAGUGAUGUUACUAUUUGUUAGGUUUACUUUUGUUUCCCAGUUCUAUAAAGUAAUAAUAAAAAGACUUUUAACCCUUUCA